AUGAUUUUUAGAAUAAUCGCUAAAGGUGCUGGCGGAGGGAAAGGAUCGAACGGACAAGGUGUUUCAUUAGGAGCAGAGGCUCGUGGUGUUUACGAAUUCAGAGCAGGCCAGCAACUGUACAUAGUUGUCGGCCAAGAAGGUGGUUCUGUGUGCAGGAAGGUGUCUACAGAUGGCCUUUCCUCUGCACCGAAUUGCAAACCCAUUGUGAUAGGCAGCAGUAAUGACAAUUCAAGCAGAGCUGGUAUACACAAAAUAUCAGAUGUAAGAAAUCUUAAGCAGCUCAUUGGAGGAGGAGGUGGUGGUGGCGCGAGUUUCAUAUUCCAGAUCAAGAAAAACGGAGAUAGGGUGCCUCUGGUGAUAGCAGCAGGAGCGGGAGGUCUUGCGGGUUAUCCAUCUAUUGACAGCAAGCAGCAUGGACAUUAUGAAAACAAAACAGUUGAGCCAGUUACAGGCGUUGGUCAUGGCAGAACUCCAGCAG